AUGAAGUGUCUUCAAUUCCAAAAUUUCCUUGUAUUAAUAGUUUUAUUUAUUUCUACAUUCACUACACACUUGUCCGCCAUUCCGACAGAAAAGAGAGAAGCAAAAUUGGCUUCUUCGUAUGAUUUCAAUUAUUUUUUAAUUUCUAGCUCUUACAAGAAAGAAAACCCUGUGGUCCCAAUGAGACUAAGUGUGGAAAAAGAUGUUGUGAACCUGGUACUUACUGCUUCGAUGGGAGUAAUUGCUCUCACUAGAAAUCUUCAUCAAUACUCUGGUGAUGAUUCGGCUUCAGCGAAAAAACUUCAAUCAAUUUAUGGUGAUAUGUGGGAAACCUAUAAAGGUCCUAUAAGAACUGUUUGGCUAGCUAGAAAUGAUUUAUUUGAAAAAAUCUUCAGUCCUUCUACCAAUAAUGCUUUCCUUAUUCGUGCAUUAUCAAAUUCUGGUCUUGAAGAAUUUAAUACUACUAAAAUUGGCAUGACUUUUAAUAAUGAUUUAAAGGAGUGGUCUUAUAAUCGUAAAUUUAUGAGUAAGGCUAUUAUGUCCCCAAAUUUCAUUAAACAAGUCGUUGAAGGAACUCAAGAUAUUUUUGAAGUGAUGGAAAAAUGUUGGCAAAGUCUUUGGGAAAAUCUUGGAAAUGAUCAAAUUUUUGAUAUACACAAUUGGAUACUACUUGCUACUUCUGAAUCUAUUAUUCUUUUAACCACCCACAAGAGAGCUUAUUCUAUAAUCGAUUAUUAUAACAAUUUAUUACCUACUAAAAAAUUUGAUACUCCUAUUGGUGCAUUAGAAGAAUCUGAAAAUUAUAUUGCAAGCAUAAGAACUUAUAUUAGAGCUAUGGAAUUUUUUUUUACUACUCCAAAAAUUAUUCGUAUUCUUCCUGGAGUUCGACGAUAUGCUCAAAAUUUGAUUAAGAAUAGAGACUUAUUGAUUUUCCCUUCGGCUCCAACAACUUUCCGUACAUCAACUAAACCUGUCGAAAUAGGUGGUUACAUUUUUCCUGAAAAUUUACAGUUCUUCAUUUACAUAGAGGGUGCCAACAAUCACCCUCAACAUUGGACUGAUCCAGACACCUUCAAUCCAGACCGGUUUCUUGAUGAUUCAAAUAAAGUGAUUAAUACGUUCGGUGGUGGAUUACGUAUGUGUCCAGGUCGAAAUUUAUCUAUAAUAGAAAUUUUAAGUUUUAUAGUCAUGCUAUACCGAAAGUAUGAUAUUGAGUUGGUUGAUAUGAAUGCGCCAAUUAAGUAUAAUUUUAAUAUUAUCAGGCAAUGCGUAAAAAUGGAAGCCAGAAUCAUUCCUAGAAAGUUUGAGUAA